CAUUCGUCUUCUACUCCAGGCUGUAACGCGCUUUACUCACUAGUCGGGCUCGACUCCAUUCACAAAAAAUCAGCAGUUUCCCAACUCACUGGAAGUUUCAGCAGAAGCCGAGGAGCCUCUUACAAUUAAAAAAAUAUAUUAUUUUAUUUGUAUUCUUUUUUUUUUUUUUUUUACCACCUAUGCUUUAACAAAUGGCAGAAAAACACCUCCUGAUGUCUUUCUAGAUCUUCUUCUUUCCUUCAGGGCGCUGAAGCACAUUCUUUCUGGUCUUACGGACAGUGGUGUUGUGACGAUGCAGCUGUGGGCCCAAAUAUGGCAACUUCUACUGCUCCCCCUGCUGCUACUUCCAGCGUCACUCUGCAGUGCAUGUCCCCAGCACUGCAGCUGCCCCGGCACAGAUAACAUCUUCUGCAUACAUCGACAAGCUUCCACCAUGCCCCUCAACCUGCCUGCCUCCACACAGAAUCUGUACGUGUUUCAGAAUGGAAUUAACUUCCUGCAAGAGCAGGACUUCCAUGGUCUAGUUGAUCUGAAACUGCUGGACCUUAGCCAGAAUGAACUUGCAGUGAUUCCUGAUGGGGUUUUUGGCUCUCUUACCUCCCUGCACAACCUCGACCUCUCUUCAAACAAAAUUACUCGAAUCUCUAAAGACAGCUUUAAUGGGUUAGUGAAUCUAGAGAGGUUGUAUAUCCAUAACAACCGCAUCCAGAGUAUUCACCCAGCUGCAUUUAAGGGAUUGGAGCACCUGUUGGAGUUGAAGCUUCAGGGAAACCAGAUCAGUCUACUUCCCGCUCUGCAUCUUCCCAAAUUGCUGUUGCUUGACCUUAGCUUCAACAGUAUUCCUGCGCCUGGACCUGCCGACCUGCAGACGCCACACUUAGAGUCACUAAAGUUGGCUGGGCUAGGGCUGACCACUUUGGAUGAAGGAUUACUGAGAAGCCUGGGAAAUCUUCAUGAUCUAGAUGUAUCUCAGAACAAGCUAGAAAGAAUGCCACCUGCAUUAAUAUCUGCAAAAGGGUUGACUCGCCUUAGCUUGGCAGCUAACCCUCUGGGCGCUCUUCGUCAGGAGGACUUUAAGAACCUGGUAGGAUUGCAGGAGCUGGAUCUGAGUAGCCUGAAUCUGCAGGAAUUCCCUGCGGACUUUUUCCAGGUGUUUCCCAAGCUACAUCAACUAACGGCUGCACGGAACCCUUUCAACUGUGUUUGUUCACUGUCCUGGUUUCCUAACUGGAUGAAGAAUUCAAAAGUGGAUCUUGGACGGCGUGAGGAGACACGCUGCCACUUUCCUCUUAUAAAUGCCGGCAAGACACUUUCUGAGCUGGAACAAAAAGACUUUGGCUGCCCUACCACCAUCACUGAACUGUCUGAGGUACUUACCAGCAGCAGCAUGCAUGAUACUCCAGACCCCACCACUGCUCCACAUACCACACUAAACAUCCGUCCUUUUGUCCCCAGUGAAGAGUUACCAGUUGAGGAAGUCCAGCAUGUGGCCCCUGAGGCCUCUGACUCUCCCAGAAGUAGUGAGGAACAUGAGGAGCACAUGUGCCCUCCAAACAUCUGCCUGAACGGUGGUACAUGCAAGUUCGACCAAAGGGGGCAAGUAAAUUGUCUGUGCCCUCCGGAUACUUCUGGGACGUACUGUGAAAACCAAGAGGAGUCCCAACCUCCUCCAUUGUCCCCGAGAGUUGCUGUGGUGACAGUUCCUUCAAUAAAACCAGACAAGAUUAGCUUCCAUCAUGUAACCAGCACCUCGAUUUCUCUGGACCUCCACCGGUACAUUGAGUCCCAACCCAACAUUCGUGGAAUCCGUCUGACUUAUAGCAAUCUGUCUGGCCCUGACCGCAGACCGCUCCAACUCAAUGUACCUGCUUCAUACCCAGAGUACACACUGAGAGGGCUACAGCCCAACUGCACAUAUUUAGUUUGUGCCAGUCCACUGGAUGAGCCUGUAGAGAAAGCUGUCAGCUCCUGCAUGAAUGCUCAUACAGGAGUCCCUCAGCACCCCACUGAGAAUAGGCCUGAACCUUUCUCCAUUCUUGUACCCAUUCUGGUAGCGGUAGCUGUGGUGAUGUCAGUGGCCAUAGUUGCAGCAGUGGUGGUGGUUUUACGGAGAAAAAGGGCUAAAACUCCCACAGAUAUGGAUCUAGGUGAACCAAACCCUUUUGAGUUGGAAGGUGUGAAGAUGGGUUUGGAGAACGGAACAUCACCCCAGAAACAGGCCGAGAUCUCGUCUUACCCGCCGGCAUCUCAGAACGGCAUGGACUAUGAAGUCCCGUUGAUCCAAGAACAAUUUGCAUCCAACAACAACACAGAUCAGAGGAUACCAUCAUACUUUUAACACUGCUCAGACUUCCAGCACCUAGAGAGAGGUGCGCUCUAAUAACCCCUGCAGGCGGGUCAAGUGCAAACACAGUGCAGUCGCAUGGUUUGAGUGUUUUAAAAGUGUCUUUUGCGAAAGUAUUUAAACAAAGUGCAAUUGCCAACUGAGGUAUCGUUUGUUGCUGAAAGUGCCUUUUUGCAUGUCCGGCUUCGGCUGCACUGUUCUCUAAUACGUUUGACAGGACAGAGCGUGCGCAGAGUUAUGCUGAUGUUGGACACGGACAUAACCAGAGUGAGAAUCUGUAAGAAUUUCAACAUAUCUGCCUUUAGACUGCAGUUUUUCUUCUCAGCCUGGAUUUGUGCAUCUCCAAGAGCUUGCCACAGUAUGCAGGUCCCAGACCGGAUCAAUACAAUUUUGAAAUACAAUGUUCAUCAACAUCAUGACGGGAUCUUUUUUUCCUUUCGAAAAAACAUGCACUGACAUAAGUUUGAGGUCUGUGACUGUGCCUGCUCUUCUAAAGAGUAAAAAAAAAAAAAAUGAUGCACUGAUUAGAACUUUGAAUUUGUGGUCAAAAGGACUAAAUUAGAGAACAUGGACAGGUCGUUCAGCCGUCAUUCCUUCAUGCUGCAGCUUCAAAAACACUUCCUUCUUUGGCCCUCGAAUAUAUAUUUUUUAUUUUUUAUUUUUAGAGAUUUGCUGUGAAAGAAAAAAUGAUGAAGAGACUGUUUACCCUUGUGCAUAGUUUGUGAUGGAUAUGUGAACAUUGUUUUUGAGCUGAUAUUUUAUUUUUCUAAUGUUUUAUAUCUCGAAGCUGCAUACAUUGUUACCAGAGCCUCCAUGUUUUAUCGCUUACUUUGUAAUCCGGAGCACUUGAAAAGCCGGUUUGCAGGCCGUCAUCCGACAAAUUGUAGCUCACAAUGGCAUCCUGUUUUAUACUAUUGCAGUGUAUCACGUAUCAUUUGGUACAUCUCAUGUACUUUAUCGGUCAGCUGUUGCAUGAUGACCAGACUUAACAGGCAUUUAAGCUCACUGCAUUACGAAGAAACAUUUCACAACAUUAUCAACUGGUUUUUGUCCCAAAAACUCCAAAUACCCACCCUACUGAAGUACUGAGACAUUCUGAAGUAUAGGAGAUGGUUAAAUACGUACUUUAAUAAUAGGUCUUUUUGGAGUAACUUCAGAAUCACACACCAAGUCCUAAAGGGAACUUUGAGUCUUUCAGCAAAUUUGGCCAUGUUGCUUGAAAUUAGUCCCAAGUGUGUAUGUGUGUGAGUGUGUGUGUGAGCUUUGCUGCCAGCAGACUGUGAAAAGGUUCAAAUGUUGUUUAUACAUGGUUUGUCUGGAGCUGAAAUUUAAAGGAAAAAUCCACCCUGAACCACUCUGAACGAGUUGCCGUUUUAUUUUUUACUUUCAGACAUGUCGGAUUAUCUUUACUUUGGUUAACGGUUUCCUACAUUACCCAUAAUGCUGUUCUGCCCUGCUUAUAGCGAUGCAGUGGGAUUUAGCCCUUGCUUCAUCUCCAUCUAAAAUGAGUGAUGCAGCGGUGCUUUAGCCCUUCAGUCCUCUGUCCGGCUCUCUCACUUCCAUGUCUGUUCAAACAAAUCAGCUUUCCGAAGCGUCGACUUGCUCACAUCGCCGUCGACGCGAUUGCGCUCGUCAUCUCGAGCGGAGUCUUACAGCCACAUUGCGUUCUGGAGCUUUGAAUUUUCAAUGAAUUUGAUGUUGAACUGAAUUUGAUGUUGUUUUUAGGAUCCAACAGCGAACCCUUUGCAGGCAGUGUAACCCUCUGACACGAGCGCAUCACAGGAAUUAACGAAAAUACAACACCAGGCGACAAAUUAGUACCAGAAUCGAAUAUAAUAACAAAAAACAUUUCAUGUGUGUUUCAGGGUGGAGUUUUCCUUUUACUGAAUGUUCACUGAAGUUCACAAAUCCAUUAGUACACUUAAUCCUUUUUUCCCCCACUGGAAAUACAGCCACGAUUUUUAAUACAUUUAAAAAAACAACAACAUAUCAAUCGGACUAGAUGGAAAAAGUUGGUUUUUCAGCUCUGGAGUCAACGUUUGAUUUGAGCGUUCUUCGCUCCUGCUUGUUACACAAGUACCUCCCAGUCUGCGCAGAUGGCCCCGGCACCCGGCACAUCCAAACAUUUAAACUGGAAAGAGGAGCCGCUUCACACAGCGCAAGGGACCGAAACUAUUUGAAACAUUUGCGAAGCUUUUUCAAGUUCCCUGUUUAACUUGGGGAGUUUAUUAUUUCUUUCGGUAAUGUUUUUGUGUAUGCAAAACCGAGGCUUGUCUCGCUGUCUCUCUCUCUCUCUCUCUCUCUCUUUUUUUUUUAAACUGUAAAAACACGUGUUUUAAAAGAUAAAUGUCUUUUGAGAAAAUGCAAAUGCAAAAAAAAAAAAAUUGGCCUCUGGUCUGCGUU